GGUCUCCCAGCCGAGUGCACACUGAAGACCCACAGCUUUAUUGCUGCUAUCUGCUGGCCUGCUGGGGGAUUCAUGUCUCUCUCCCUCUAUGUUACAUCCUUGUAGAGUUUCUCCGAGUUUCUGGUCCCAGGGGGUUAAAGCAGCCGAGGUCUGCAGGCAUAACCCUUUAAAAAAAAAUAAAAUAAAAAUCCACAUAACCUUUAAAAAAAAAUCCACCUGCCCCCUAUUUCUUUGAAGGAGGUGUGCUUCAGCUGGAGGGGCGCUUCUAACUUUGCACAGCCCUGCCCCGGCCCCCAUCGCUGCGGGCUACGAGACCCCGCUGGCGGGGCAGCGCCCGGACCCCGCGUCCCGCAACCCCUGGGCUGGGGGUGGGGGGCUGAGCCCGGCGGCCCCCCCGACCCCCCCGCCCGCAGCGCGAGCACGGCGGGGCCGGGGCCGGUGCGCUCUGCGUGCGCUGCCCAGCAGCCCAGCGAGAGUUAACGGCGGAGCCGCCUCUCCAUUGGCGGCCGGCGGAGCGGCUGCGGAGCCCGCGUUUAUAACCGGCGCACGGGGCGCCGCCGCCCUCCGCCGGUACCGCGGCUCGGCUCCAUGCCGCGGCGGCCGGCAUGCCCAGCCUGCUGCCGCCCCUCCUCGCCCUGCUCUGCCUCGGCGCGUCGGCGGCCGCCCUGAGGGCGCCGCCCGCCGCCGGGCCGGCGCCCGCCGCCUCGCCGCGGCGGGCCGGGCCCGAGGAGCCGUGGUGCCCCUACAAGGUGGGCGCCGAGGGCUCGGCGGACGGGCGGCUCUGCUUCCGCACGCCGGCCCGCGGCUUCCAGUGCGCGGCGCGGGCCUGCCGCGCCCACCGCUCGCCGGGCGGCGCCUUGGUGGCCAACGUGCUGCGCAACGGCAGCGUGCUGCUGCAGUGGGGGCCGCCGCGCCCCGCCGCCGGCCUCCGCGGCUUCGCGCUCAACUGCUCCUGGGACGGCACCUACACGCGCUUCCCCUGCGACAGCGUGGAGCUGGGCGCCGCCUGCCGCGACUACCUGCUGCCCGAGGCGCACGGCAGCGUGCGCUACCGCCUCUGCCUGCAGCCGCGCUACGCGCCGCCGCGCCCCGCGCCGCCCGCCCAGUGCGUGGAGUUCCGCGUGGAGCCGGCCGCCAUGCGGGAUAUCGUCGUCGCCAUGACGGCCGUGGGGGGCUCCAUCUGCGUCAUGCUCGUCUUCAUCUGCCUCCUGGUGGCCUACAUCACCGAGAACCUCAUGAGCCCGGCCCUCGGCCCGGCCGCCGCCGCCCCGCGCCGUGCCUAGCCCGCAGCG